GGGGGGGGGUGGCGGAGGAGGGCCGGGGCUGGCCGCCGCGGAGCUGCCCGUAGAUGACUGCAGAAGCGCAGCAGGCUCUGUCCUCUCAGCCCCCUCCUCCCGCUGUGCACAGCAGCUACGGCCCCAUGUCCUCCGUGGCCGAGAAGCAGCCGCAAAACUCGGCCAUGGACGCCGCCUCCGCCGCUCCCUCCGGGCCGGGCGGCAACAGCGCUCCGGGCAGCGGCGGAGCCCCGGGUAGCGGCGGCCCUAAAGCGAAGAAAACCAACGCGGGGAUCCGGCGGCCGGAGAAACCGCCCUAUUCCUACAUCGCUCUCAUCGUCAUGGCCAUCCAGAGCUCGCCCUCCAAACGGCUGACCCUCAGCGAGAUCUAUCAGUUCUUACAGAGCCGCUUCCCUUUCUUCCGCGGUUCUUACCAGGGCUGGAAAAACUCCGUUCGCCACAACCUCUCGCUCAACGAGUGCUUCAUUAAGCUGCCCAAGGGGUUGGGCCGCCCGGGUAAGGGCCACUACUGGACCAUCGACCCGGCCAGCGAGUUCAUGUUCGAGGAGGGCUCGUUCCGCCGCCGGCCCCGCGGCUUCAGGAGGAAAUGCCAAGCGCUGAAGCCCAUGUACAGCAUGAUGAACGGGCUCAGCUUCAACCACCUCCCCGACAGCUACAGCUUCCAGGGCUCGGCCGGAGGGCUCUCAUGCCCUCCCAACAGCCUUUCCCUCGAAGGGGGUUUGGGCAUGAUGAACGGCCACUUAGCCGGCAACGUGGACGGGAUGGGCCUUGCGGGACACUCCGUGCCCCACCUGCCCUCCAACGGCGGGCACUCCUAUAUGGGCAGCUGCAGCGGCUCCUCGGCGGGGGAUUACCCGCACCACGAGAGCUCCGUGCCCGCCUCCCCGCUGCUGCCCGGCGGAGGGGUGAUGGAACCGCACUCGGUUUAUUCCAGCUCGGCCUCUGCGUGGGCUCCCUCCGCUUCGGCCGCCUUAAACACGGGAGCUUCCUACAUCAAGCAGCAGCCGCUGUCGCCUUGCAACCCCGCGGCCAACCCGCUGUCCUCCAGCCUUUCUACACAUUCCCUCGAUCAGCCCUACUUGCAUCAGAACAGCCACAACACCGCCGAGCUUCAAGGCAUCCCGCGGUAUCACUCCCAGUCUCCGAGCAUGUGCGACAGAAAGGAAUUCGUCUUCUCUUUCAACGCUAUGGCCUCCUCCUCCAUGCAUUCAGCGGGCAGCGGCUCCUAUUACCACCAACAAGUGACAUACCAGGACAUCAAGCCGUGCGUUAUGUGAGACGGGGCGGAAAAGCCACCAUCACCUCCCGGAGGCCGCCGAGGUCUGACCCGGGGAACGACCCCCAUUCCCACCCAAGGACCCUGUGGGAGGAGGAAAGAGGAGCGUGUGUGUGUUUGGGGGGGGGUUCUGCAGACUGAGUUUGUCCCCGUGGAUGGGACCCCCGGGGAGCGGACAGCUGAGCGCGGCGAGGCCGAAUGCGGGCGGCCCCGGGGCUGAGCGCGCCCCGCAGCUGAGCAUCGGCCGGGCCGGCCUCCACCACGUGUCUUUAAUCAAAGACGCUCUCUGCCUUCUUCUGCUUCUUCUGUUGGGUCGGGGUAGGCUGGAAGAGAGAGGGGAAGAAGGGGGGGGGAAAGUAAAAAACAAGCAGCCCCCCGAAACCCUCCGCUGCCCCUUUAUCUUGAAAUCUCCGACUGCGAGUUUGGGUUGAAAGGUUUUGCUACGUGAGGUUUUUCGGGUUCUAUCCUUGAAAAGAGAAAAGAAAUCGCAAACGAAGCGUUCUGAAUCAAUUCUCUAAGUGAGAGCGAUGCCGCAGCCCCAUCCAUCGGGGGCAGAGCCGGAGGGGAUGCUGUGAGCACCCCGAGCACAACAGAGCAGCGCUGCUCCGGCCCUUCGCUCCCAUCGAGCCCUUACUCCUGAAAAUAAUUUUUUAAAAAAUUUUUUAUUUUUGGUCAAAAAUCUCUAAAAGGGAUCACAUUUUUAUUUUUAAUUUGUAGCCAUUGAUUUUUUAUUUUUUUUUUUUUAAUUUUUUAUUUUUUUUUUGACCUGCGUAAAGACUGCAGGACCGGACCCUAUGCAGAGAGAAAAAGGCACUUUGAAAAGAGACAGCCACGCUCCUUCUGUUAUUUAUUCUACAUUGUCGUCGUCGUUGCUAAUAAUGGAGACACGAGGAGUCUCAGUUGAUCAGUAUUAAAGCGGUGGAGCUCUGUUGGCAAUAUUUGCCAUAUAGAUGUUGGGUUUUGUUGUUGUUGUUUUUUUAGUUAACCUCUGUAAAUUUUAAACACCCUGGUCUCUGUGUAAAGACAAUCCUCCAUAUGUUUUUAUAGAAAUAUAUAUAUAAUGAAGGAUUAUUCCCCCCCCCUCUGUUCCCCAUCUAUUUUUUUUUUUUUUUUUUGCCCUGACUUUGUACAGUUCGGUGUCACCUAUUUUAAUUCCUUUCUGCACUGUAUAAAACUGUAAUGAUGUGGUUGGUUUUGUGUUCUAUUUUAUUAUUUUGGAUUUUUUUUUUUUUUUUUUUUUUUUUUUUUUUUUUUGCCCUUUUGUGUACGUUUUGUCCCUAGAGGAAAAAAAAAAAAAAAAAAGAG